GCGAGGGAGCGAGCGAGCGAGAGAGGCAGCUGAUGUGUGCGCAGUCCUGGCUCGUACAGCUGUGCCACCAGUCCGCCUGUCCUGCCAGUGUCACAGCUGUCACCCGGCGUGGGGUCCUCCACUUUGAACCAGACACUGCACUACUUCACCCAGAAGAAGGGUCCACCUUAAAGAGAGCUGGAAUACCCUGCAGAUGACUUCUGACUCAGUUGCUCAAGUAUAAUCUCUCCUUUCCUCCCGAAGGACAUUUGAAAAGGGAACAUAAAUAACCAGAACGGAUUUAAUUUUUCUUUUUUUUUUUUUUUGGUUAACAAACGAAAUCCGCUGGUUGGAUAAACAUGGUGUCUCCAGACAAAAAUCGGAAUUCAAAAGAAGGGCACCGCUGAAGUGCGGAAUAAAGAGAGAGGGCAGCUGAAGUCUCGGCAGCUUGAACUCCGCUGACCCGCAAUCAGCUGGACAUGUAAAUAAUGAGCUGACAAAAGAUCGGUCAUAUCACCUUUUCUCUGCUUCACGUGUAGUGUAGGCUAAAAACGCUGGCGAAAAUUUGAGCGCUUCCUGUGAGAACGUGCACUGAUCUGCAGCAUAAACUCUCUCCAGAAAAGAUGGAGACCAUCCCAAACAGCACUUCUGGCUACCCUCUGAACAGCACCGUGGAUCACAUCAACCCACCGCUGCAACCGCAGCCGCUGCUGGUGGUCAUCAUGGUCAUCAUCAUCCUUACCAUUGUGGUGGGGAACCUGCUGGUCAUUGUCGCCAUCACUCGGACAUCCCAACUGCAAACCACCACCAACAUCUUCAUCAUGUCCCUGGCCUGCGCUGACCUCAUCAUGGGCGUCUUGGUGGUGCCCCUGGGAGCCACCAUAGUGGUGACAGGCGGUUGGCUGCUGAGUGACACCUCCUGUGAACUGUGGACCUCGGUGGAUGUGCUGUGCGUGACAGCGAGCAUCGAGACGCUGUGCGUAAUCGCCGUGGACCGCUAUGUGGCCAUCACUCGGCCACUCAGGCACAAGGUGCUACUCAGCAAGUGGCGUGCACGGCUCAUCGUGUGCAUUGUGUGGGCUGUGUCGGCACUCAUCUCCUUCGUGCCCAUCAUGAACCAGUACUGGCGCGCCCCUGACAACGACCCAGUGGCCCAGCAGUGCUAUAACGAUCCCACCUGCUGUGACUUUGUCACAAAUAUGACCUUUGCCAUUGUCUCCUCUGUAGUGUCCUUCUACAUUCCCCUGCUGAUCAUGAUCUUUGUUUAUGCCCGCGUCUUCAUCAUUGCCACGCGCCAGGUGCGGCUCAUAGACAAAAACCGGCAGCGCUUCCAGAACGAAUAUCUCCCGCCACCAGCCCAUCGACACCACCAGGGCAACAACAACCUUCCGGCCUGCGCCGGACCUCAGAGGAGGAAAAGCAACAAACGCAGGCCCUCGCGCCUCACUGUAGUCAAGGAACACAAGGCCCUCAAGACGCUGGGCAUCAUCAUGGGCAUCUUCACCCUCUGCUGGCUGCCAUUCUUUGUGGCAAACAUAAUCAAUGUCUUCGACCGGACUGUCUUCCUGGAGCAGGCCUGGAUCUUCCGCCUGCUCAACUGGCUGGGGUACAUCAACUCCGGCCUCAACCCCAUCAUCUAUUGCCGCAGUCCAGAGUUCCGUGUUGCUUUCAAAAGCCUCCUGGGCUGCCCCUGGCUACCCACCCCACGCCUCAAUGCCCUCUAUAAAGAACUGAGGACCCGCUGUCCCUGCUUCCUGGGCCCGGUCGAGGCAGGGCUGGGGGCUUCCUUCCAGAAGCCCCCGGCAGCCCAGUCUGAGGGGGAUGAGAGUCUGGGCAGCAGUCAGAGCAGCUAUAGGAGCGAGGAGCCCUCGCCCAGACCUCCACACUCGAACGGCAGCGUGCAGUUCAGCGACUUCUCCGAGCCCGACACUGAGCAUUUCUCUUUGCAGGAAAAAGACUGAUGAAGGGGAGCCACAUAGCUGAAAUCUAUUACUACGAAAAGGAACGGACUGAACGGCUAUCGGUGUGCCGGGCCAGCUAUCGCUCCAUCGAACCGAUAACACUGCAGGGAGGAGUGUGAGCGGAGGCGGGCAGCGACAGGAGGCCGGUGGAGCUCAUCCCGUGAGCUUCUUUCCCGGGGAUUCACGCAGAGCUGGCCAGCGAUCGACGGCGCCCCGGAGACAGGGUGCAAGAGUCCGACCGGCUGCGGCAGGGGGACGCGGCCUGAGCCCACCCAGGUCUCGAGGACACGAGUUUGAGCGAGGGACCCCCGGGCGCUCCCCUGGCGCGUCGAGCGGGACGGAGCGACGUGCCUCAGCCGAUCCACGUCGGAGCCAGGUGGCCGGCAGGCACACGGUGUCCCGGCCUCACGCUCAGCCCUCAAACCAGCUGCUCGUUUCCACCCAGCUGUGUUGAGUACCACAGGACACUUUCAUCCACCACUGUCAUUAAGGAAUCCAUGGUAGCAUUUAAAAUGUGUAAGAUAUUCGACGUGGACUUUGUCGCUUCCAGUAUGUCUAUGUGGCAUUUUGAGAUAUAUUUUGUACUUAAACUUAAUUUAUUCUAUUUAUUUUCCAUCCCCACUAUAUCUGUGAAUGUACAGCUGUGGAAGCACACAGGCAAUCCAGAAACCCGGUUCAGUAUCAGCAUGCCCCGCACACGCACCGCAGACUCACGGCGACUUGCGCACAGCCACGUUAGAGAAUCCAGACUUUCGGCCUGUCUGAACUUAGGAACUCAUCGCUUGACACGGGGUGUGUCACACAGCAAGACAGCAGCCUAAAAAUCUCACCAUUUUCGAAUCUACAGAACAUCUAAGAGGAUUUCCAUUCAUGUUUUGCAAAACAAUUCAGAUAUAAAUCUAAAAUUGUUCCUAUCCUCAUGCAGAAAAGCUUUACCGAACUUCCAACAUGGAAGAAAUUUUUAUUUAUUGAAUACAAAGUCUCUUCAGAGCGUGAAGCACUUAUUCGUUGUGGGAUCCAGUAAAACAUUAUCAACACACAUUUUUAGAUUCGUUCUUCUUUCAAGCAUUACCGUCCCACUGUAGCACAGUAGAAGUUACGUUUGGGUUUCAGUGUGGGGGGCAGGUCAAGAAAGGAUCUCCGGCUGCUGCCAGCGUCCACUGGUAACGUGUUGUAGCACAUUAGCUUGACCAAAGGUGGACUGGUGAAGCCUUUCGGUUUGAGCCCGAGUACUUAAAUACAGAAACGUGUGAAAAGCUGUAAGCAGUCGAUGUCGAUUUCGGGAACGUUGUCUGGUGCAAGCGUCCUAUGGCAGAUUUGCGUUAACAUUUCUGAAACGCUCAAGAGACAAGACAGGGGAGCUUAUAGUCCAGUGUGUGUUCCCCUCUGCUGUUCUCCUUCCUUCCUCAUUCAUUCACUUGUGUUGCUGCUAUAAAACAGUUUUGUCAGAGCUAGCAAAGAUUUCAGAGAAAAGUACAAUUCCAUGAUGCAUAUGAAGUCUGAAGAUGUAACAGGCAUGUAUAUUGUACACGUAAUGUACAGGACACAACGCACAAUAUUACUUUUUGAAGACCAUUUAAAAUAAUAAAAAAGUUGUGACAUUUUUUCACUUGUCCUAGGGUUUCCAUAACAAACUUCUAAGAAGUCAUGCUCACAAGUCAUUAAUCACAAACAUCCAUGGCAGACUUAGACAGUGUCACCUUUUCUAUUUUCUCAGCUUUCAGUUCCAUUUUGGUAUGACACUGUGAAAAAUUUUCCGCUUAAACUAUUUGCGUAUGCAAGAUAGUCAGUAAGUUCUAAGGCCGGCCGCUGCGUGACGCUGCUGCGGUUGCAACCCAGCAGUGAUAAGAGUUCAGCGGGCAGUCUGAGAACUUAUUGACCGUAACAGGUAUUCUUGUAUCGCUGCGCAGGAAAGUAAAUUGCAUGUCUUUCCUUCAUAUGGUGCCUGCAAGGGAUUGCGAUUUAAUAGCAAUGUCUUAAGGCCAUCACAUCUAAAUAAACACAGAAUAUAUUUAUUAUUGUACAUGAGAGGCAUUCUGUUCUGUUUCUA